UUUCAAACCGUUAUACAGGUUUCGCGCUUAAGUAAUUGUCGAUAUAUCGAUUAAUUUCGAGGAAUCUGCGCACAAGAAUUAUUAUUGUUUUUUCUGCGUUUCUCAUAAGUAUCUUUUCUUUUGUGCAAAAUGUGCUAUUUACGAAUAUACAGGGUGAAAACGCAAAGAAAUAAGUUGGCGCAAUAAGUAGAAAAUUAUCAGUGAUAAAAUAUUGUGAAAAGUUAUCUGCAAAUCAGUGUAAAUGUUGACGUUGACGUAAUAAAAGACAAGGACUAGUGGUACUUACAUACAACACCGGUUAUGUAUUUAUACAUCUUACUGACUAGUUCUGCAUUAAAAAUUUUAAAAGCAUUCUGUUAUGAAUUACAAAAAUAAACCAAUCAUUGUUCACUAUCUUCAUAGAUAUAUUGGUUCUUAAUAUCUUGCUUCCUAAGUACAAAUAAAACGUUAUCUUAAUUUAUGGCUAAGAUGUGAAUAAUAGUCUUAUCAGAACCAUUAUACAAUGUGAUUUAAAUUCAGAAUCGAAGAAGAAGAGAACAAGUCUUUUGUUGCUUAGAAAUAGUAUUGCUUUAACUAUGUGUAUUUUAUUUAUUUAUCGUAAUCCUAAUGCUGCUUCUGAGUCCUAUCGAUUGAUUUUGGCUUCAAAUCGUGAUGAAUAUCUUAAGCGGCCUUCAUUACCAGCCCAUUAUUGGAAAGAUCAUCCGCAAUGUAUAGGAGGGACUGAUAUGGAGCCUGGAAAAGAAGGUGGAACAUGGCUAGCCGUGUCAUUAAAUGGAAAAGCUGGCAUCAUUCUGAAUUUAACUAAUGAGGCAUCCGUAACUAAUAUUCCAAAACAAGGAAGGGGAUUUUUAGUGCCUAAUUUUGUUGCAUCAAAGAAUUCGGCGACCUCGUACUUGAAUAAGUUACACGAGGAAAAUAAUAAGAAACAAAUUUAUAAUCCUUUUGUCUUGGUGUUAGUAAAUUUGUUGACUGCAGAUGUGAAUUACCUUAGUAGUUCUGAAACUUCAACAGGACCUGAUUUAGCUCAAGAGAACAUCUUGGGUUUUAGUAACAGCGGUCUUAAUAUUCCAUUUAAGAAAGUUGAAGCAGGAAAAGAAAUGUUCAAAACUAUUAUUAAAGAUACUAAGGUGUCAAAGCAAACUGACCUUAUUGAGAAAUUGUUGACGUUUUUAAAAUCAAAAGAAAGAUAUUUACCAGAUCCCGAAUUGGAAAGACGUUGUCCAGUGAAGUAUAAAGAACUGAGCUCAAUUUGUGUGGUAACCGAUGGAUACGGUACAAGAACUCAUUCUAUACUACUGGUUAAUGGUCGGAAUGAAAUGACAUUUGUUGAAGAAACACUUAUGCCAGAUUUAACAUGGAAACGUCAAGUAUUUAAUAACAAAUUGUUAUGUGAAACUUAGUUGAUACAAAUAAAUGUAUCUCAUUUAUAUUUGAUGGAAUCAUUUGUUUGUACUGCUGUAAAAAAUUAUUACAGUACAUCAUCAUCAUCAGCGACAUCAUCAGAAU